CGUUUGGGAGGCACAGAGGAGCUCCAGUCCCUCUCCCUGCACACAUGGAGGGGUACAAACAGACUGCUGCUUUUCUCGGUGUUAUAUUAUUUUUGACUGAAUAUUAGCGAAAUGAAGCAGUGUAAAGUUCGGUUGCUAGGCAACGCCGUUAUUUUUUUAAUUAUUUUUUUUGUUACACUUAUGACUUCUAAACGUGACGUUUGCGGCUUAUACUGACGGCGAGAAAACUGCGUUCAAAAGACUUUUAUUUCUAAUUUACAGGGGGUUAUUUCUUUAUUAUCGUUUCCCCCUCCAUAGUGCAUGUCCUUUAAGAGUUGUUGGCGGUGAAUAUGAAAGCAGAGGAGGAAAUGGUGUAUAAGUGCAUCAACAACAGAAGAAGAAGACAGGUUCAAGUAUGAGCAGUGUAUCAUUACAUUGUAGUUACAUUGAGAGCUAAAGUGACGUGAGGUAGGGAAAGCCAGCAUCCAUUAACCAUUCAGACUUGUUCAUGUGUUUCCAAAACCACAAAGAAGUGAAUCUGCACACUGCUGUACUAAAUAUUAAACUUGUCGUUGCAGUGAAUGAAUAUUUAUUUCAUAGUGAACUGGAUGGCUCUCUGCUGAUUUGUUCUGUUCUGCACCGCCUGUCUCCUUUAGGUGUUCGAGAUGGAGACGCGAUUGCAGCAGGAGGGUCUGUGUUUGGAGUUCUCCUCCGACUUGGAGCGAUUGGACCGUCUGUGGCGUCUCUUUGUUGAGAAGGAGAACAGUGUGAGGAUGCUCACUCGGGAACUCGAGGAACUGCGAGCUAAACACGCUGCUGAAAUCGACACGGUUCAGCUGUACAUCCAGAACAUCCGGAGUCUCUCGAAGACACGGGACUCGAUGGCGCUGGAGCUCGAGCGGGAAAACGAAACUCUCCGCUCUGACCUGAUGGAGCUCAAUCUGCAGCAAGAGGCUCAGAAGAGUGAGAUAGCGGAGAUGUUGGUGCACGAGGGCUUGGACGAGGUCAUGACCAACAGCCUGAGCGAGCAGGUGGCUUACCUCCUCGCAGACCGAGCUGCUCUCAUGGAGAAGAUUCAAACCCUGGAAGAUGGGGACUCGAAGACCCUAAACGUAAAGUGCACUCAGAAGCGAAGAACUCCUGAUGACAAUGUAGAAAAGGUGGCACCAUUGCGAGGUCAGAGCCCUUGGAAGAGGUUGCUUGGUUUCAGAAAGGCUGCACAGGCCAAGCAGGAUGAUGACCAAGACAACGAGGACAAAACGUCUAAAGACAGAAUGUGGAGUUUACUGGAGAGGGAUCUGGAUGAGGCCUCCACCAGGCUGAACCUGGCUCACAAGGAGAUCCGCCGCCUCACUGACGAGCUUGAGUCGGCUCACCUGACCAAGAGUACCUACGAGUCAGAGCUCCAUGGAGCACAGGUAGAUGCUGAGCAGCUUCGGCACGAGGUGGAGAAGCUGAAACGCUGUGAUUUGGCCGAGGUUCAGGCGGUUAAAGAGAUGAAUGAGGUCCUGGAUGCGGAGAUCCGUCAUCUGAGGGACAGCGUUCACACCAUGAGUGCAGAAUGCGCACAACUCCUAGAGCUGAUUGACAGAAACUUCAAGGAGUUGGACAGUGAGGAUGAGGACUUUAUCCAUGCUUUGACCCGGAAACUGACACUGACCUGUCGCACUCGCUCUCUGCCCAAAGGCAAGAACCAGAAACAAAAGGACACCCAUAAAAGGUACCCGGAGGAACAGGAGGAAGGGCUGAGCAGCCUGCAGGAUCUAAAUCGGGCGAUCGUGAAGCUCCAGGCCGAGCUUGAGCAGGAGACAGCACUGAGAAAAAAGGUUGAGGAGGAGUGCGUUGAUGAGAGGAGGAGGAGGAGGAGGAGGAAAGAAGCAGAACAGCUGAGUCUGGAGCUCCAGGACAAAAACCACAAUGACACAGUGCAGCAUCUUCAGCAAAUGGACGUCCUCAAGACCAUGCUCCCGGUGCAGGAGAACCUGAAGCUCAGACAAGACAUUGAGAAGCUGGAGGAGUUUUGUGUAAAACUCCAGACUGAGCUUGAGCAGGUCCACUGUAACCUUCACUCUCACACCAGAAAAUAUGAUGAGAUGAAGGUGCGUCACAGAGAAAAACUUGCAGAAGUUAAACAGGUGUAUCUCCGAGAGAUGAUGUGGCGCGAUCAGAAGAUCAAGGAGCAGGAGCGAGAGAUGGACUUCCUCACAAAGCGACUUAAGAAGGAGAACGACAUGGUGAAAAUGGUAAUGGGUGAGAACGAAGCUCUGCUUCUCACAAAGAAAACGCUGCUGUGUCAGCUCAAUGAAGCAGAACAGAACAGAAAAAACGCAGCAGCCAAAAUUUCUGCUCUGCAGCUAAGGGUCGACUUCCUUGAGAAGGACAGCAUGCAGCAGUGGGAGAUAAACAUGGAGAAGUCCACGCAGAUUGCCAAGCUCGAGAGACGGCUGCGGGACGUGGACUCUCUAAAAAGCAAUUGGCACCCGAAGAAACAUCACGGGAAUCACAUCGUCGAGGGCACGAAGGAAACAAACUUCAAGUAAAACAGAUCACUGCACAGGUGAGACCUGAUCCAGUGCCUAUUGCUGGAGAAGUGUUAGUGUUAGGAUAACGCUCAUAAGAAGAGUUCAAUCUGGUUCUGCAGCAAGAACUAUCGCAACAAGACAAGCUGCAUUUUUUUCUUUUUUAAACAUCUUAUUAGCAUCUUGUUAAGGUGUUCAUUAAUAAAUAAAUAAAUAAAUAAAUAAAUUGAUACACAAUGGAACUGCUUUGGUAUAAGAGGAAUAAAAUGAUUGCUGCUAUAGGAACAUGAGCCACUUGUUGAUUUAUUUUCCUAAACCCUAUAUUUGCCGAGAAUCGUUCUCCGUAGUCUUUGUCCACAGCGAAAGGUCCAUCAUCCAGAAGAUAAAAGACGGACGUGCGGAGAAACUCGGACUCCCUGCCUGUCCGAGUCAGAGCGGCGGUUCAGAGAUGGGCUACAUGAACAUCUUUACGCACAACCUACGGUGACGUACGCCACAAGGCCUCAAAGUGCUGCAAAAACUGUCUUUGGAUGCCCCUACUGUUUCCUCGUCCAACUCGCUCUAAAACUCCACGCAGAGAUAGGGAGAGAGAGCGAUACUGCGAACAAAAAUGACUAAAACGACAACUCGUUCAGCGCGAGGUGUUGUGUUAUUAACGCAGUCUAACACGUAUUUCCCAGAAACCAAGGAAUGAUGAAGUGAAAAAACGGACGCGCUGAUCUGAAGAGGAUGAAGGGGGAGGGGGGAAACGGACUGG